CCCCACCCCACCCUUACCCCGCUCACCACCCGCAACUCCAACACUGGCCCCCCCCACCACCACCACCACCUCCUCCUCCUUUCCCCACCGAAACUGGUUUUCGCGCACAUUCCUUUGGAAGACUGGCGAAUUCCAAUGCUACCUGCAUUCCUCCGGGAAAUGGCUUUGACGAAUGCUGGCGAUUCUGUGUGA